AUGACAGUCACCAAAGAAAAAUGUUUUAAAAAGAAUCCUGAAACAUAUCAUGCAUUCAGAACCUUUGGAGAUAAUAUUUUGAGUACGAGUGAUCAUGAGACUUGGAAAAUGCAUCACAAGAUUUGUUCUCCUGCAUUUUCAUCACAAAAUUUGCAACACUUGACCGAAUUAGCAAGUCAAUGUUUUGAUGAAAUGGUUGAAAAACGAUGGAAAUUGAAUCAUGAUUUGAAAGGAGGGUUUGAAAUGAACAUGAAGGAUUAUUCGGAUUUGACAUUACAUAUUCUAGGAUUGAGUGUUUUUGGUUUAAAUUUUGGAUUCUUUUCCCCAAAUUCAUCUGACUCGAUCGAACCCAAACAUGAAACUCCAAAUGGUCCAUUCAAUAAGGGAGUUGAAUUUCGAAAGGCCAUUGAAAUCAUGUUCACUCGAGGCGUGAUUGUUGAAAACUUUUUGAAAUACGCUGGAUUUCCAUUAGGCUAUUUGUACACACCAGUUUCCAAAUGGUUAGGAGUUGAGAAGGCCAUUCAGACUGUGAGUGAUCAAUUAGAUGAAAUUAUUUCCACACGAAAACAUCAAAUUUUGAACAAGGAAGAAUAUAAUCAUCAAGAUUUAUUAAGUCUCAUGAUGGAACCUUCCAUGAAUAUGGAAUUGAAUGAUUGUGAAAUUCCUACUCAAUUAAGAUUUGAGGCUAUUAAGAGCAAUGCCUAUAUCUUUUCAUUAGCAGGACAUGAGACCACUGCAACAGCACUCCAAUGGGCAACGUAUCGCAUCGCGAAACACAAAGAUAUUCAAGAAAAGAUUCGUCAAGAAGUAGAGAGUGUGAUGGCUCUCAGCUCCAACUCUAAAUCAGCAAUUUCUUGUCAAGAUUACGAAAAAUUAAUUUAUACCAAUGCAGUAUUGAUGGAAACUCUUCGAUUACAUAACCCAGUUCCUGGCGUUCUCAAAGUUGCAACCAAAGAUGUCACACUGGGUGGUUUUAAAAUUCCAAAAGGCACCGACGUCAUUAUUAGUAUUUCAGCAGUGUGUCAUGCAGAAAAGAAUUGGAAAAAUCCUUUGGAAUUUAAUCCUGAACGAUUUAUGGAAUCUUCUGAAAGUCAAAUACGAUUUCAACACUCUUUUGAAUGGCUUUCGUUCAUGAUUGGAAAUCGAAGAUGUUUAGGAUACAAAUUCGCACUGUUGGAAGGUUGUGCCAUUCUUGCCAAAUUAGUUCAAACCUUUGAAUUCGAAUUACUCAAUGACGAAAGCAAUCCAAAGGAUCGUAUUCAGAGAAUUCCUGGAAUUACCACUCGACCUGGAAAUUUGAGAGUUCGGGCCAAACUACGAUCGUAA